AUGCGCGCAGUCCGUGCCGCCCAGCUCGCGGCCCUCGCGGCCGUUCUGCUGGCCCUGCUCAGCGGGGCCAGCGCAGCCACCCAGGCGGUGUUCACGCCCAAGGUCGGCUUCAUGGAUACCGGAGACACGCAGCUGCUGCAGUCGUUCGACUACGCGGACCUCGAGGCGGAGGGGUGCCCCUCGAGCGCGGGCACCAUCUACGUCCGCGCCGAGCUGUGGGACAACGACAGGUUCACCGCGCGCUCGGGGAACGCGGACCCCUACGGCUCCCUCGACACUGCGAGCGAGGGGUCCAACGCCGCGCCGGUGCUCAUGGCGGGCCUGAACGGCACUCCGGAGCUCGCGGGCGGCUCCGUGCGCAUCCGCGGGGGCACCGUCACCGGCAGCGGCGCAACCGCCGUGUGGGACGAGGUCGCCGUGCGCCAGCGUGAAUACUUCCACACCCUCGUCUUCGAAGUGCGACAGAACGAAGGUGUCCUGCACCGCGUCUCGGUGUCGAACGCGGGCGGCGCGCGCUCCCUGAGCUACGACCUGCGCUUCACCUGUGGCGACACCCCCGCGUGCGCGCGGUACGCAUCCAAGGACUCGCAGUGCUCCGGCCGCGGGACCUGCAGCGCGACCGGAGCGUGCUCGUGCUCCAACGCCGGCCUCCCGGGCGGCCAGACGUGGGUCUCGUAUGCGUGCGAGGUGGCGGCCGCCCCGCUGCCCGUCGACGCGGAGGCCACGCAGCCCGCGCCGUCGGUGCCGGACGUGCAGGCCGCGCUGCAGGGCGCGCCGUCGCCGGACCCGCACGACAACGUCGCCGGCACGGUCACGGUGCCGGUGUCGGGGCGGCGGUUCUUCUACGUGGACGUCGCCGACGACGGGGGCACGCGGGGCAGCCUGUACGUCGAGAUGCACCGCAGGGCGUCGAGCGGCGAGCCCGCGGUGAUCGUGGCGCCCCCCGCGGGCGUGGACCCGUCCGCGCGGUUCCUGCGCGAGGGCGGCGUCCUGCCCAUCACCACCACGGCGCUGGUCGUCGACGGCGACACGGAGCUGCGCAAGUACGGCGACGACGCGGCGUACUGGGGCCGCGAGGACCUGCAGCUCGUGACGCGCGCCCGCGCGCCCCCCGGGCGGUACCACGUGACGGUCAGCAACCUGAACGCGUUCAGCCAGGCGGCGGAGGUGACGCUGCGGGUGCGCGUGCGGCCGCCGAACGCGGGGUUCUGCCGCGCGGACUGCCACGACCGCGCGAUCGCGUGCGUCCCCACGCUCGAGAGCGAGGGCAGGCUGCCGGACGCGUGCGCGUGCCACGAGGGCUUUGGGGGCAAGAGCUGCCAGGGGCCGGUGCAGGCGGCCGACAUCGGGGAGGUGUCGGAGGUCCGCGUGGGGCCCGGGGAGGUGGCGUACUUCCAGAUCACGCUCACCAGCAAGGAGCGCGACGCGUGGGAGAACGGCCUGCGGUUCACGCUGUCGUCGCAGCCGCUGACGGGGCGCGGCAACACCGUCUACGCGUACUGGGGCCGCGAGCGGUUCCCCGAGUUCGGCGCGAACGACCAGUUCAACGAGCGCGAGCCCAUCCGCCUGCCCUCCGGGAGCAGCCUGCGCGGCAUCGCGGGCGACGUGUCCCCGGGGGUGUACAACAUGGCGGUGCAGAACGUGGACUUCGGGAGCGCGGACUCCCGGACCGCGACGAUGCUCGUGCGCCUCGAGCUCGACAACAGCGGCGGCGUGAACCUCACGCUGUCGCCGUACAUCUCGAUGGCGAUCGGCAUCGUGCUGUCCUUCAUGCUCUGCAUCGCGCUCUCCAUCUGCCGGCGCUUCCUCGUGCGGUCGCUGCGGAACAACCCGCGCACGGACAACCGCUUCAUGCUGCUCAUGGCGCGCGUCAUGAUCGCCAAUCCCAACGGGCCCCGCACCACCCACGUGCCCCAGGACAUCAUCGACUCCUUCCACGAGUUCAAGUGGCCCGACGUGCCCGCGACGCCGCCGCGCGGGGUCGACCAGAACGAGGGCGCGGAGGGCGCCGUCGCGGCGACCACGGCGGCCGCGCCCGUGCGCGCGGAGCCCGCGAAGAAGUCGCGGGCCGAGUCGAGCCACCACGGGGGGGAGGAGUCCCGCACCGAGGGCGCGAACGGCGGCGCGCCGAGCGCCGCGUCUGACGACGAGCCCGAGUGCGCGAUCUGCCUGUGCGAGUACGAGACGGGCGACUCGUGCCGGCAGCUGCCGUGCGCCCACUUUUUCCACAAGAAGUGCCUCGACCGAUGGAUGGAGUCGCACGACACGUGCCCCGUGUGCCGCCACGCCCUGGUGUCGGUGGAGCGGCGCCGCGAGGAGGACCGCCGCGCGCAGGAGGCGGAGGCGGCGGCCGCUGCGGAGCGCCUGGACAUGGCGGUGCUGGACCAGGGGCAGGUGAUCGCGAUCACGGGCGAGGGACGGCGCCGACCGCCGAGCAGCCGACGGCCGCGGGAUCCGCAGGGUCAGAGCCGCCGCCGCGAGCGCAUGGCGCGCGAGCAGGGCGGCGAGGGCGUGGCGGCGUCGUCCCUGCGCGGGCUCGAGGCGCAGGCGUCCCCGGCGGACGCGUCGUCGCUGGACGUCAACGCGGUGCUGAGGGACAUGGAGCGCGCGGAGCGACGGAACAGCGGCGUCGAGGCGAGGUCGACGGAGCGCGAGGUCAGGCAGCCUGGGACGUCCGCUACGGACCACGCACUGCCGCGGAUCGAGUCCCCGCCGCCGCCCCCGCCGCUGCCCCCGCGCCACAUGCACUCGCGAUCCGGCGGGCAGUCGUCGCGGGCCGACUUCCCGGUGGUGUAG